GAUUGCGUGUAUUUGAUUUUAUCGUUAUUUGGUAGAAAGACAAGAUGGAGAGGAUUUCGUGGAGAACACCAUGGAAUACUAUGAGUAUCAUCGAUGGCACCGCUGACGAGGGAGAUACGUAUCCUACGACAGCAGUCGACACAAGUGAAGGCCCGCCAGCUUUAGCCUCGCCUCUGCCUGUCUCCUCCCUUUUGUCCCAGUUAUCCCCAUCGAUGUGCGUGGGGUUGCAGUUGGUCCAACCCAACUCUCAGGACACCAGACGCGCUGAAGGAGAUAUCAACUACCCCGAUACGACUGGCAACGCUUUCUACGACUUGGAAGACUCUGUGACGUCCACCGGGCCAUCGCCAUUUGGCACGGCACCUGUAUCCACGCCCACCACCAUCCCACGGCUGCAGGCGCGAACGGACGAUCCCAUUUCGCCGCUCAGACUCAGACGAACCCGACGUUCAUACCUUACCCAUAGCACCCCUCAGCGACACAGCGCACGUCUGCGCGCUAUAUCCCGCAACGCACUAGGUGCCCGUUUUCAACAUGAAGCGAACCAUGAUUCCGACUCAAAUGACGGUUCAUCGUCUGAAGACGGAAGCGACAACGACGCAAGUUAUACAACAAGGUCGAUCAACAGCACCGAAGGAAGGAGCAACAAUAGCCUAGACGAAGAUGAUAUGCCGGCACCAAAACGUCGCAAGUUUUCUUCUCCACAGGUCGCUGCAGCUCAACGUCGAACCUUGCGACAAUCCUCGACGAGGCUGUCAGCGGCCGGUGCCAACACUUGUGCCACGGAAAAUGCCCGAACUCGUGAUAUCGCUACCCCAUCAUCAUCCUCCCACCAGUCGUCCGACCGAGACUCUAUCGCGGACCGGUCUAUCGCCAGGUUUGAGGAGUGGCCAUUGCAGGACGUCGCGCUGAAGCGCGUGACAGUGAACGGCGUGGCAACAUUUCAGCUCCAGUUCUCAUGGGACCGGCGUGCAGACCAUCGCCGGGAUCACCGCAUUGCAGAGACACGAGACCCUUCGUGUUCAGCUAGGAAACGACACAAGAAGAAGCAUGCCUCGAGUUCGGGCAGACCAUUCACGAAGGAUGAAGACCGUUGUCUGAUGAGGCUUAAGGAGGAGGAUGAACGGUUGUCUUGGACAAAGAUUCACGAACUGUUCACGAAGUCCGACCCUGGCCGCACGAAGGGGUCCCUCCAGGUGCACUACUGUACCAAACUCAAAGGAAAGUCUGAUAGCCUGAUAACGUUGAAUUGAUGUGAUUGUGCGGUAUAUUACCUACAUAUG